AGUCUUAUCUAAUAUAUCUAAUCAUACCUAUUCACGUAGCUUUCAAAUACAAUUAACUAUUCAUACCAAUGUCAUUGUCAUUCGACCAGUACCUCAACGACUUGCGCAAUACGCCAAUCAAACACAAGCCGAUACUAUCGUUUCUUGGUUUCCCCACAGAGAUUAUCAACCUCAUCAUAUACCACUUCACAGAAGGAGAGUUUAAUCUCAACUUUUCCCCACUAUCCAAAUCGGAAGGAAACAAUCCCGAUUACACUUUAACAUUAAACCACAUUCGUUGUGGUCACAAGAUAUACUCUGAUCUACUUGCACUUUCUUCCACAUGCUCCUAUCUUCGAAUCUACUUGGGUCCGUCCCUCUUUAAAAAUGUGAGUCUCAUCCGAGAGAACCAAGUAGAUGCCAUCAUGGCUGCGCCAAAAUCCUCGGAAUUGUUCUCGGACAAAAGAUCCAUACACAGACAGUUCGUCAAGGAGAUGGUAGAAGUCAACUUCGGCUGUUGCUCUUUAGGCGAGCUUGCUAGAUCUGGCUUCCGCAAAGGUGUGUUCGGUGAUAUAAACUACAGAAGCCGGUUUCAGACCGAGAUCGCACUCACCAAUUUUGUCACUUAUUUAGAGUGCGACAACUGGACUCUACAGAAUAGAGUCCUCGCCUACUUCCCCAAUUUGAAGGCAAUAAAGGUGUUGGAUACUGCGUUCCCCGGGGAAUGCUGUGAAGAAAGGGUACAUCAUCCACUUUCACCUGCGAUUAAUGCUCUUGCUGUAGACCCCGUGCAAGUUCUAACUGAAGCUACAAAGGAACUAGAACGUGAGCAGAAUACAGAGCUGGCGAAAUCGUUCCGUGACUUGAAAUACUUGCAUUUCUUGUCUGUGCAUGCUAAUACGUUAACUUUCGUAAAGGGUCUAUCCACUGUAGUUUCACGUGUAAAGAGACUUGAUUUGGUGGUUGAAUUGGCUCAGAUCACAAGACAGAAUGGUAUAGGUCGUCUUAGGCACUGUUUUUUGGGCAACGAUUACGAAUUGGAGGAACUCAAUCUUUUCAUAGAUUGCCCCUAUGCCUUGAUCUAUGAAAACAUACUCUGUCUUCUCAGUGAAAUCAGCUCCAGUUGCCCUAAGCUUGCUGGUUUAGCGAUAAGGAAAACCCGUAGAAACGUCAACAAUGAUGAAGUCGAAAUGUAUGUCAGUAAUGAAGGCUACAGUGGUAUUAAAUUUGUUCGUGUCCUAAGCAACAUGCAUAACUUACAGAAUCUCACCGUCGACCUCCAGAUGUUGGGAGCUUUGGCAUUUCCUGAAAAUGUAAUAAUGCUAAAUCCUGCUUAUCGCGAGUUCAAUUCGAAAAGAUCACACGCAGUCAGAUGUUUGACAAUCAUAGAUGCAUCUAUGACUACUCCAAAAUUGCCCCACAAACUACGUAAUAUCACGGCAUUUUUGGUUCAGUCAUUAAAUAUUAACGAAUUGGCCUUUCUGUAUGGUGAAGUUAUAGAACAGGCUCAUGUUCUAGCCCUCGACGUGGUAACAAACCUUGUGGAGUUCUUGACUACACCUUAUAGUACUGUCAAAUACUACCAAGGUGUUGAGCGAGUAUCGACAGAAAAGUGCUGGUCAGUUUCCGACGAUACCAUGCGAAGAGAAUACUACGAUAUGUCCAUAAUGGAUUUGUUGAAGAUUACUACCAGACCAGGCAACCUUUACUAUCUGAAGCUCAAGGUAACAUCUGCAAGUCUUUCGGGAAGGAUUGCCUUCAAUUCCCCAAGAUAUAGAGUCAGAGAAUCCUAUAAUGUCAGUUAUCCAAUGGUAACACUACGAAAUUAUUUGCAGAGUUUACCAUUUCCCCCAGCUGAUCCAGAUCUGCGUUUCUUUUCGUCGCCUGAAAUGGAAGAUCUUAUUGUACAACCACAGUAUAAGAGCACCACAGACGAAUGCAGGGGAUACGGCAGCAGUAGGGCAUUCUGGAGUCUGGAGACUUCUCUUUCAGAACUUGAACAGUAUUGCCUCACCCCGAAGAAAGCUAGCCAACUCUGGCAGUGAUUUACCAAGGAUCCACUAGUAUCUAGAAGGAAUAAAAGCAGUUUUUAGCAGAUGAUAUAUACAGAAGCUUAAUAACAUCAC